GCAAAAAAUUGUGAUUUCCGCAUACAUGUUUUUCUCUCCCCCUUCUUCUCAUCCUCUCCCCCCUUUCUCCUUUACCCGCCAUUCCUCCUAUUAGUUUUUUUAGCUGAUAGUUUUAGGCAGUUUUCAAGAUGAGAUAAAUAGCACAAACAUGACGUUUUUAAAUUAUCAUGCAUUGAAACGAUUUGUAAAGAAAAUCAUAUGAACGAUUUUUCUUUCAUCCACAUUUUCUCAUCGAAAUAAGUGUUCGAGUAUUGUCGAAUAAAGUGGGGGAGUUUCGUAUUUCGCGGUUGUGUAAUUUAGCUGCCGAAUAUUUGGUUUGUUCUUUAUAGAUGUACUAUUAAACUGUUUCAAUAAGUAAGAGUGAGACGAGUAUAUUUUGUCCCGCUCUAGCUUACUGCAUCAGUUCAGCAGUGCUGCUACAAAGAACAGACCUAUUGUCGCAACUGCACAUGUGUCGUAAAGCAUAUUGAUAGCAUGUCGUAAAGCAUAUUAUCAUAAAGUAUAUUGAUUGAUUAGUAGUUACAGCUAAUAUGAGUCUACGUUGAGAUAUGAUAAGAUACUUGAGGUACUCUUAUUGUAAUACUAUUAAAUGGUGUGUAAAUAUACAUACCUCUGUGCAUAAACAAAUAACUAGUGGAGCAGUUCUACUAACCAAUAUCACUGUACACGUGAAAUCUUAUAGUUCCAAAGUAUAUUGUAUCACAGAACACAAUAUGAGUGCAUUCAAACUAGCUGAUUAUGACUGCAUUGGCUUUGACUUGGAUAACACUCUGGUGCGUUAUAAUAUCGCAAAUCUGAUGCACAUGGAGUUUAACAUGUUAGCUACAUUCAUGGUAGAUAAUCGAAGAUAUAGUAAGAAGCUGUUAGAACCAUUGACAGACAACGACCUGGAUUUUAUGCAGAAAGGAUUGCUGUUGGACUUCGAGAGGGGAAAUAUACUCAAAAUAGGCUCAGAUGGUGUUAUCCAUAGAGCAUGUCAUGGGACGCAUUUGUUAAACAAGGAUCAAAUACAGAAGAUAUAUUCUGAGCAGAGAUGGGAAGUUACUGAUAUUUUCUGUAACAAUGUUCUGGAUGCCUGGAAUGGCCCUUUGUCUGAGAAAGUGAGGAGUGUGCUGGAUUAUUUUGAUGUACCAGCGAGUCUUGUGUUUGCACGGGCUGUAGAUGCACUUGAUGAAGAACAUGAAUCCUGCCAAGAUAAAUAUAAUAUCUGGCCUGAUAUAUUGGAUGGUAUGAUCUAUAUGUUUUCUAUAGAUCAUUUUGAAUCAGACAAAGGGAUCUUUGGCCAUAUUAAACAAAAUCCAGAGAAAUAUUUGCAUAAAACUGAUAGCACAGCAUUAAUUUCUUGGUUACAACAGAUUAAACCAAAACCUGUGACUUUCCUUCUUACUGGAUCAAACGUAGAUUAUGUAAAUUUUAUCGCAAAUUAUGCUCUUGGGGAAGAGUGGCAAUUUAUUUUUGAUAUUAUUGUAUGUUAUGCGAAAAAACCAGGCUUUUUUACUGCUAAUCGACCGUUUCUAGAUGUUAUACAAAAUAAGAAUACUGAUAUUAUAAGCCAGCAGUUAGAAAGAGGUAAAAUAUAUAGCGAAGGAAAUUGGAAAGGUCUACGAGAAUUUUUUCGUACAAUGGGGAAAGAAAAUCCACGAUGCUUAUAUAUUGGUGAUAAUCUGGUGCAAGAUAUUUAUGUACCAAAUGCUUUUGCCUAUUGUGAUACGAUAUCUGUAGUUGAAGAAAUAAUAUCAGAAAAACAUGGCUAUUGUACGAAUUUGUGUAGUGAACAAAAUCUAGAUGAGAAAAUGUUGAAUUCGAAGCUUUGGGGCUCUUACUUUUACUUGACAGACUUGAAGGCUAAUGUAGAUACUUUCUGGGGGCACAUAAUCAAAAAGCAUUCAAAACUUUGUAUAUCACGCGUCGAAGAGAUUUUAACAACUGCUAUGGACAAACCCUUUCCAUCUUUUGAUAAUGGUGGAAAAUCAUAAUUGAUAUUUUAUUUUUAUGUCUAUACGGAUUAUACCAGCUAUCAAGGAACAGUUGCAACAAUUAAAGGGUCCUGCGAGGGAAUUGAAAGAUAUAAAACAUAAUUUCAGAG